AUGCCUCCAACUAGCGCAGCUCCAGCAGAGAAGAGCUCUUCAGGAUGGGCUUUCAAUCUCAGAACGUCGAAAGUCAGACAUACUGACCGUGACUUGGACGACUCUGGUUCUGAUUCUGAUUCUUCCUCCGACUCUGGUGUGGACGAGAGCCGUAUGCUUGACGAUUUGGACAUUUCUACGAGAAAGGAGACCGUUGUCUACAAGCCGAACCCGUUCAGCAUUGCCAAAAUUAACGCGGCUGCUCGCAGCACAAAUCGACCGUCUUCGAAGAAUGAACCUUCUCGACCUAUCAAACCUAUGAACGCUAGGAGGAAGACUAAUGGGUCGAUAGUCGACGGGCUGAAAAAACAGUCAGAGAAAGCAAAGUCCAAGUUUCGAAGGUCUUCUCCUCAAGCCAAUGCUACGCCAUCUACUGUUCGUCCUUCAUCUAGAGACUCCGUGCAUGAACAUGUCAAUACUCCCGUCAUUCUGCCGAAAUCAUCGACCAAGCCUCAAGUACACCCAGACGAUACGCAUAUAUACAGUGAUAUGGCCCCUGGUGCUCCAUCUGCCUCAAAAACAACCUCUUUUCCAACAGGGCCUCCAGUCAGUCCCAACGCACUCCCUUCCUCACUACGUCCUUCUCAUAUACAAGCCGUGGAAACACAUAUAACUCGCGAUCGUCCUUUUAACUCUCAUGCUUUAUCUCUGCCAGGAGCUUCUCCUACUGAUGCUGUUGUUCAUGUUCCUUUUCUCGUCGACCAGGAUAGCCCUGAUGCUCAGGUAAGGGCUCCAGAGUCAAUCUAUGCUCGUCCUCAGCCUCCUCGCGCCUUUCAAACUCAGCGUCCUAUCGCCAGCUACUUCUCCUCUCCCGUUUCGCGGCCAGACAUAUCAUUUUCCCCUACUAACAAUGCUUCCUUAUCUUCUCCUCUGCCUAUUGUUGCUCGUCCAAUACGAUCAAUUGCUCGACCUCAGCCUCAGCCCUUCUUUGCCCCUCGUCGGAACAUACUUCAAAGGACACUCGUUAAUACGGCACCACAUUUUUCUGUCCAUGCUUCACCCAAAUUACGGCUGUCCAGACCUCUUGCGCCAGCAGUACCUCAGCCAUUUCGUCCUCCCACGCCUGUGCCUAUUCGCUUGCUGCCUACACCAGCCUCCCCCCUCCUGUGCAUAAAUGAAGGCCCUCGAAGGCCGGAUCCAGAAGGAACUUCGCCCCCUCAUUUUGCCUGGAAUCCGCCUGCCAUUUCCGGUCCUUAUGCGAAUCCGCAACCCAAGGCACCCGUCUCUAACAAAUAUGCACGUAUCCAGCCACAAAAGGCAACGCAUCUCACCAUCACCCCCGAGGUCAACUGCCAGACCGAAUGCAUACAAGUUGUCUAUAGAUCCUGA